CAUCGUUAUGUAGUAAAUGUGUUUAGCACAAUAGUGAGAACCAUGUGCACACAUGGAUUGCAAUACAAAACUCCAAUACCGGUAUUUGGCAUAGAAGGACGAUACGUAUCAGCGCUAUUCAGUGCUGGUUCCCAGACUAACAAACUGAACGAAAUUGAACAAAGUCUUCGCAGCAUCCAGGGUUCUCUUGUUAAACCUGCAAUUCAGGACUUCAUUGACUCCAGUAUGGUCUCCGGAAAAGAGAAGGCUAAACUCAUGCUGGAAAUUGGAAAAGAAACAGGUAUGCCCGCAGAAGCAGCGAACUUCUUAGCCGUAGUAGCUGAAAACGGGCGACUGAAAUAUCUCAGAAAGAUGAUCACGAUGUUUCUGGCAGUCAUGGUAGCUCACAGAAAAGAGGCACUAUGUGAAGUUAUAACUGCGAAGCCCUUAGAUGACAGCACUAGAAGCAGUCUCAUGGCAGCGCUAAAGAAAUUCGCAAAAGGAAAAAAUAUUCAGCUCACUGAAAAAGUGGACCCUAGUAUCAUAGGAGGAAUGGUCGUUGGUGUCGAAGACAAACACAUUGAUAUGAGUAUAUCCAGGAAAAUACAAAUGUAUACUGACAUCUUAAAACAAAGCAUCUAGGCGGCGAAAGAAG